UGAAGAUUGUGUUAAAUAAUAUGAUCUCUUGAAGUUGUUCUAUUUCUAUUCUUAUCAGUAUCAAUUUUGUUCUAAAGAUUACUAUUUGAAAUGAAUCCACCGAAAGGUUUUCAGUUUGCCAUAGACAGGGGAGGUACAUUCACAGAUGUGUAUGCCCGCUGUCCAAAUGGCAAAGUGAGAGUCAUGAAAUUACUGUCAGUUGACCCUCAGAACUAUGAAGAUGCACCAAGAGAAGCGAUAAGGAGAAUAUUGCAAGAGGAAACAGGUAAUGCAUUAGACAAAGAUGGCAAAGUGAAUUCAUCAUUAAUUGAAUCUAUAAGAAUGGGAACAACGGUAGCUACCAAUGCACUGUUGGAACGUAAGGGUGCUAAAAUGGCGCUUGUUAUUAAUAAAGGAUUUAAAGAUCUACUUUAUAUUGGAAAUCAAGCAAGACCACAUAUUUUUAAUUUGAAUAUAAAACGUCCAGAAGUUUUAUAUCAAGAUGUUAUUGAAGUAGACUGUAGGGUGAUACCAGCGUUAGAAGACCGCUGUCAAAUCGAUAAAUCUAAACAAAACUGGAAGGAAUCUGUCGGAACUACGGGUCAGAAAAUGUUGGUCAUCAAAGAAGUGGACGAAGAUGCUGUGAGACAAGAUCUGAAGAAGUUGAGAGAGAAAGGGAUAGAUAGCAUUGCUGUUGUUUUCGCACAUAGUUAUACUUACCAUGAUCAUGAAGUUAAAGUUGGGAAAAUUGCGACUGAAUUGGGAUUCAAACAAGUAUCUUUGUCCCACUCGGUGACGUCAAUGGUACGUGUGGUACCGCGUGGGUUUACUGCGUGUGCGGACGCGUACCUCACUCCGCACAUUCGGGAGUACGUUAAAGGCUUCGCUGAUGGAUUCACUAAUAGAUUGAAAGGAUCCAAUGUGCUUUUUAUGCAAUCUGAUGGUGGAUUGACACCGAUGAAUUUAUUCAAUGGAUCCAGAGCGAUUUUGUCAGGUCCUGCUGGAGGUGUGGUUGGUUACGCGAUGACGUCAUACCAGAAAGAGACUGGGUUGCCAGUUAUAGGUUUCGACAUGGGAGGUACUUCAACUGACGUGUCAAGAUAUGCUGGUUCAUUAGAACAUGUGCAUGAAGCGACCACUGCCGGAGUAACCAUACAAGCUCCACAAUUGGAUAUAAACACAGUAGCUGCAGGCGGGGGUUCAAUGUUGUUUUUCCGUUCGGGGCUUUUGGUGGCGGGGCCGGAGUCGGCGGGGGCACAGCCAGGCCCCGCCUGCUAUAGGAAGGGAGGCCCACUCACUGUCACUGAUGCCAAUCUAUUACUCGGUCGUCUUUUACCAGAAUAUUUCCCAAAGAUUUUCGGUCCAAAUGAAAAUGAACCUUUAGAUAAAGAAGCGACCAUUAAAGCGUUCACGAAAAUCACCAAUGAAAUUAAUUCUUUCUUAAAACAAGAUGGAGGGAAAGAGAUGACUAUGGAAGAGGUUGCGAUGGGUUUUAUUGAUGUUGCAAACGAAACUAUGUGUCGGCCGAUUCGUGCGCUGACGACAGCGCGAGGUUACGAUGCGUGUGCGCACGCGCUGGCGUGUUUCGGCGGCGCGGGCGGACAACACGCAUGCGCAGUAGCCCGCCAGCUUGGCAUUUCUACUGUCUUACUGCAUAAAUAUGCUGGUAUCCUAUCAGCAUACGGCAUGGCGUUAGCGCACGUGGUGCACGAAGCGCAGAAACCUUGCGCGGCGGUGUACUGCCCCGAGCAGUACGAGCGGCUGGAUGACCAGCUCGACGUGCUGGCUGCUGUCUGCAGAGACAAGCUGCGUGCUCAGGGUUUCGAUGACACUCAGAUAGUGUUAGAACCAUACCUCCACUUGCGGUACGCGGGCACAGACUGCGCUCUCAUGGUGUCUCCCAUCAUGGACACCAGGUCUGCCACCGCCUGCAGGCAUGGAGACUUCUAUACAGCUUUUGUUGAUAGAUAUAAGAACGAAUUCGGCUUCACUCUAGCGGAGAGAGAUGUGAUUGUGGAUGACGUGCGCGUGCGCGGUGUUGGUAUGAGUCGGUUUGAGGAACCAGUGGCGCCUCCCAGCGGGAAAGGUGUUGAACCUGUCGCUGAAAAGACAGUGAAAGUUUAUUUCGAAGGCGGAUAUCAAGAUGCAGCUAUACAUUUAUUAGAGAAAUUGAUGCCUGAACAAAUAAUACAAGGCCCAGCUAUUAUUAUGGAUAAUUUGUCGACAAUAUUGAUUGAACCAGGUUGUCAUGCUGAGAUAACAAAGUACGGAGAUAUUCGUAUAACAAUCGGCUCAGGUUUAACAAAGCAAGUGACCGCAGAUCUGGAUUCAGUUCAACUGAGUAUAUUCUCGCAUCGAUUUAUGUCGAUUGCUGAACAGAUGGGAAGAGUUCUCCAGCGUACAUCAAUAUCAGUGAACAUAAAGGAACGUUUAGAUUUCUCUUGUGCACUGUUUGGUCCUGAUGGUGGGCUGGUCUCCAACGCACCACAUAUUCCUGUACAUUUGGGGGCCAUGCAGGAGACUGUGCAGUAUCAGAUGAAAGUUCGAGGUGACAGUCUGAAGCCGGGCGAUGUGUUGUUGGCCAACCAUCCAAAAGCAGGCGGGUCACAUUUGCCCGACCUGACUGUAAUUACGCCCGUCUUUCAUAAAUCUGAAAAACGUCCGAUAUUCUUCGUAGCAUCUCGCGGUCACCACGCGGACAUCGGCGGGUUAACACCAGGCUCGAUGCCACCUCACUCCACACAUCUCGCACAAGAGGGCGCUGCUUUCAAAUCCUUCCUAUUGGUUGAUGGUGGACAUUUUAAUGAAGACAAACUGGUGGAUGAAUUAAUGGCCCCAGGCAAGGAGCCUGGCUGUUCUGGCACUAGGAACUUGGCUGAUAACUUGUCGGAUUUAAAGGCUCAAGUUGCUGCUAAUCAAAGAGGUAUACAGUUAGUGUCAGAAUUGAUAGACCAGUACGGUCUGGAUGUAGUGCAGGCUUACAUGGCGCAUAUACAGAAGAACGCAGAGUUGGCUGUCAGAGAUAUGCUCAAAGAUAUAGCAAAGAACGCUAUCAACAAGACAGGGUCGGCAGUGUUACAUGCUACAGAGUACAUGGACAAUGGCACACCAAUAGUGCUCACUGUCACACUUGAUAAAGAUAAAGGAAGUGCUGUUUGUGAUUUCACUGGUACGGGAGUAGAAGUUUGGGGUAAUUUGAACGCACCACGCGCUAUAACCUUAUCCGCAUUGAUCUAUUGCCUUCGUUGUAUGGUUGGACAUGAUGUACCUUUAAAUCAGGGUUGUUUGAAUCCAGUAAAAGUGAUGAUCCCCACUGGAUCAAUACUGGACCCGUCAGAGAGCGCUGCUGUAGUGGGAGGUAACGUGCUGACGUCACAGCGCAUUGUAGACGUCGUGCUUAAAGCGUUCCAGGUAUGCGCAGCAUCUCAAGGCUGCAUGAAUAACUUGACACUGGGGGAGGCAAGUUGGGGGUAUUACGAGACUGUGGCUGGAGGCAGCGGAGCUGGUCCGGGGUGGCAUGGCUCUGGCGGGGUACAUACACAUAUGACAAACACACGUAUCACAGAUGUGGAGAUAGUGGAGACCAGGUAUCCCAUACUGGUCACCAAGUUCUGUCUACGUCAUGGAUCCGGUGGCAAUGGUCAAUGGUGUGGAGGUGAUGGAGUGACCCGUGAGCUGGUUUUCCGUCGCGCUGUUCAGCUUUCAGUACUCACUGAACGGAGAGCUUUCCAACCAUACGGGAUGAAUGGAGGUGAGCCAGGAGAGAGAGGUGUCAACUUGCUGCAGCGGGCUGAUGGGAGACUCAUCAAUUUAGGAGGGAGGGCCUCCGUUGAAGCUUAUCCUGGGGAUAAAUACAUAAUGAAUUCUCCCGGAGGUGGAGGAUAUGGAUUACCUACUGAUUGCAACACUACAAACAUACAAACAGACAAACAGUACAGUGAAUUCUUACAGAGAGGCAGCGUUUAUGAAUAUAAGAGUGCGCAGGAAUCUGUUUAAAUGACAUAGUCUCGCUUUCGGAAUUUAUGUACAAAAAAAUUAUCUUUAUUUAUUAUAUACUAGCUUUUGCCCGCGACUC